UUGAAGUCCACACAUCUUUGAGUUGCCAAGUUUGAAAAACAGUGGUUUAAGGAAUGAUACAUAAAAGACUGGAACUUGCCCUGGUCUGAAGCUAUGCAGCAGUCAUACAAUGAUUAGCACCUGGAUAGCAAAACAGAUCCACAUGAAUGUGAAAACUAGCUCUAUGCAGGAGACCUUUUAAAUUUCCACAACUUUUUUGAAGGAAUCCUUCUUCCCUUUGAAAAUCACAGAGGAAAGAGGGGGGAAAACACAGGAGAAAGAAAGGGGGUGCUUGAAGCGGGUGCACAUUCAGCUGCUUCUGGAGACCCAAAGUGCUUUACAAAGGCCAGAAGAGGUUGCUGGUGGAGCAAGCACACUCCGCUUUUGCUUGGGAUGCACCAAAGUACAUUCCCACACUUGAUCUGUUGAGCUUCCUAUCUGCAAAAUGGCAGCAACCUGUACCAAGUGAGUGACUUCAAAACAGAGGCUUAGUAAAUCUGUGGCUGGCACAAGCCCUCAAAGGAGGGCCAGUCUGGCAUGGUGGCUAAGUCAUCUGAAUAGAAGCCAGGAGACCGUGUGAGCCAGUCUCUCUCUCUCUCUGCCCUAGGAAGCGGGCAAUGGCAAACCACUUCCGAAAUCUUCCCAGGAAAACUGCAGGGACUUGUAGAGGCAGUCGCCAGAGGUCAACAGAGACUCGAAGGCGCGCGCAGCCCCACACGUGUGUCCUCCAGCGGCUGCUCCCAUUCGAAAAAGCUUCCUCUGCCUAGGCUGCUCCCAGAAGCCAGGACUUCAGGUUCCAUUAUCCCCAGCCGAUAUGACCAAAAGGAUGAAGGGAGCGGAAACCCCUCCCACCCCCGGGACCCCGCGAAAGCGGCCCUCCUCCCCAGGAAGAACAGAGGAGAAGCCCCAUUUCCCGGCCGUUUGUGAGAUCAGCUCCGCCCACAGGCGGCCCCGUCCCGCCUCUGCUCUUCAGGUCACAGUGGGCCGCGGACGGGAAAGGAAGCACGGUCGGCCCUGAGAGAGCGAGGCCAGGCCAGGCCAGGCCAGGCCAUGAUGGGGGUCGCGCGUCGGCACGUGGUGUGCGCCAUGUCGGGCGGGGUGGAUAGCGCCGUAGCGGCGCUGCUGCUGCGGCGGCGAGCAGGGUAUGAUGUGACUGGGGUGUUCAUGAACAACUGGGACAUGGUGGAUGAAAAGGGAAUUUGUCAAGGCAACCAAGACUCUGAAGAUGCUUAUAAAGUGUGUCAGAUGCUCAACAUUCCGUUUCGUCAAGUUUCCUACGUUAAAGAAUAUUGGAACGAAGUGUUUAGCUACCUUUUAAAUGAAUAUGAAGUCGGACGGACACCUAAUCCUGAUAUUAUAUGUAAUAAAUACAUCAAAUUCAAUUAUUUCCUACACUAUGCUAUGGAUAAUCUUGGAGCUGAUGCAAUAGCAACUGGACAUUAUGCAAGGACUUCCCUGGAAGAUAAUGAAGUAUUUCAACAAAAAUACGCACGAAGGCCACCAGGACUUUUCAGAAAUAGAUUUGAAGUAAGAAAUACUGUCAAACUUCUUCAGGGAGCUGAUCACAGUAAAGACCAAACAUUCUUUCUCAGUCAAAUUUCUCAAGAAGCCUUGCACAAAACCAUUUUUCCUCUUGGAGACUUAACAAAAGACUUUGUGAAGAAGAUAGCUGCAGAACAUCAGCUUCACCAUGUGUUGAAAAAAAAAGAGAGUAUGGGCCUCUGUUUUGUUGGUAAAAGGGAUUUUUCAGAGUUCCUUCUUGAGUAUCUGGAACCACGUCCAGGCAAUUUUGUCUCCAUUGAAGAUGGCAAAGUUAUUGGAACACACAGGGGUUGCUUCUUGUAUACAUUUGGCCAGAAAGCUAAGCUGAAAGACUGCAGAAAUGCUUGGUUUGUUGUAGAUAAAAAUAUAGCCUCUGGGGAACUCUUUGUGGCGCCCUGCAGGGAUCACCCUGCACUUUACAGAGAUCUCUUACGGACAAGCAGAGUGCACUGGAUUGCCGAGGAACCGCCUGCAGAACUCGUGCGGGACAAAAUGAUGGAGUGUAAUUUCCGCUUCCAACACUUGAUGGCGUUAGCACCCUGCACAUUAACUCUUAAUCAAGAUGGAUCAGUAUGGUUGACCCUGGCAAAGCCAAUGAGGGAUCUUACAGCAGGGCAGUUUGCCGUUUUCUACAAAGGGGAUGAAUGCCUGGGCAGUGGCAUGAUUCUGAGACUGGGGCCUUCUGUCUUUACAUUGCAACAGGGCAAGAAGAGGGAAAGUACUGCUAUGAACAUGCCAGCCGAUGAGGUCACGGUUCAGCCAACAAAAUGACUUCUUGCUUUUUUUUUAAACCAAGCAGAGACUUUUAAAAACUGGUUAGUUAAAAGCCUUUGAAUGAUCAUCAGAGACAUGAAUACACAUCUGGAUAUGUUUGGAAUUGUCAGAGGACAAUUAAAAGAACAGUUGUGACAUAGGGAAUGAUUCUUGGUUACUUUUUCCCAUUGCUUGAAGCCCUGCCCUGUGUAGAAGUUAAGCAUAAGGAGACUUAACACCCAAAUAAGCAUGUAUAGAAUCGCAGUGUAAUUUAUAUUGUUUGAGGAAUCCUGUUAAGAUCAUGUAAGUAAGUUUUCUGGACUAGAUUAUGGCUAAAUGCAUACAAGCUUGUGUGAUCACCAUGGAUUUCUUUAUCCUCUUUCUCAUAUUUGCUUUUUGGUUUCCCAUCUUGUAAGCUUUUAAACCAAAAAGCCAUUUGCAAUUGGGAGGCAAUGUUACAGUUCAAAAGUAGGAAAGAGAAUGGAGGGUGAAUGUUGGGGAUAUCUAGAGAUCUCUUUUUUCUUUUCCUACUUGUUGAAAAAUGGAGUUUCUUAAGGAACCCAAAAUGAAAUGUCAUAGUAUAUGUUAAGUAAUUAGAGCACAACAACUAGGAAAAUAUCUUGGCUCUCGGACAUGUUGGCAACUUCAGAUAAUAUUCUGAAGAGCCUACUGAUAGUUGCCUUUAACCUUGAAAAAGCCGCUUUGUUUAUUUUCUUCAACUGUAUUUAGAUAUUCCAGCAUCUGACACAAUUAGAAUUGUAUUGGGGAGAUGAUUAGACUAGGUCCACAUUUUCUGUCCUCAUAUUUGUUAUUCUUCACAAGUUAGAGGGCACAAAUCUCCAGUGAGGAUCCUGCUUUUUACAAGCAGAUUCCCCAUCGGAUGUCAAGCCUGGAAUGUGCCUAUGCAGAGCCAGUGUUUGCUGCAUGCCUUCAAAUCAUGGAGGGGAGCAGAUUGGGGCAAGACUUCUCAUUCUCUUGUAUGUUUCUCAUGGUAGUGGAGGAUAAAUAAGCCCUAAAUAAGGUCAAGAGCAGCACUAACUCUGGGAGUGAAAAUCUUUUAAGAAAAUGGUAUUUCCUUGUUCCUAAGAUUAAUAGAAAUGCUUAUUUUAAAGAGAGAAGUCCCAUAGAUUCAUUCCAAGUCCAACAUUUCUUACAAGGUCUUUUCUCCUGUGCUUAAAAUUAACAUUUGGUUUCUUUGGGGAAAAGUGUAUUAUGAGUCAGAUUCAUAAUUGCCUAUUAUUUCAGAGUUUUCAUUUUUGACAUGUCUUAAAUUAUUAUCAAGUUGAUAUAACAUCAUGAACCUGUGUAAUUAAAUUAUUAAUCCAUUUUAAGGCUGAAAGCUUUUGAUGUGUAUUGAAAGUAAAUAAAAGCUCACACUUUGUGAAGUAA